GGAUCAGGUGGAAACAAUGGCGGUGGAUCAGGUGGAAGCAAUGGCGGUGGAAGCAAUGGCGGUGGAUCAGGUGGAAACAAUGGCGGUGGAUCAGGUGGAAACAAUGGCGGUGGAUUAGGUGGCAACAGGGGCGGCGGUGGUGGAUCAGGUGGCAACAGGGGCGGCGGUGGUGGAUCAGGAGGCAACAUGGGCGGCAGCGGUGGAUCUGGAAACCGUGGAGGAAGCGGUGGUGGGUGCGGUGGUGGUUCCGGGGGAAGCUGUGGGGGCGGUAACCAGGGAAACAAUGGGAACGGAGGAAACGAUCGGACUGGUGGAUCAGGCGGAGGCUGCAGUGAUUCCGGUUGUGGGAAUCAGGGAGGCGGCAACCAAGGCGGAAGUAGGCCCAACAGCGGCGGAAACCAAGGUGGAAAUAGGCCCAACAGCGGCGGAAACCAAGGUGGAAAUAGGCCCAACAGCGGUGGAAACCGGGGCGGAAGUGGAAACUCCGAUCCCCGCUGUGCCAACAGCCCAUUCGCUGGUCAGAACGAGGCCUUUUUCAUCCCUCACCCCGAGUUUUGCAAUGCCUUCUACACAUGCGGUGACACAGGAGUAGAGGGGACAUGUACAUUCUGCCCCGUGGAUAUGAUCUUCAGUGAGGUAAGAUGUCUGCCAUAAGUCUGAAGGGCUCCUUGGUAUAUUAGCGAAUAAUGGAGAUAAACUAAGUCGUUUUUUUAAAGACCAAUAUCCAACUUAAUGUCUAGUUUCUAGACUCCCUUGUUUGAGACUAAGACCAAUAUCCAACUUAAUGUCUAGUUUCUAGACUCCCUUGUUUGAGACUAAGACCAAUAUCCAACUUAAUGUCUAGUUUCUAGACUCCCUUGUUUGAGACUAAGACCAAUAUCCAACUUAAUGUCUAGUUUCUAGACUCCCUUGUUUGAGACUAAGACCAAUAUCCAACUUAAUGUCUAGUUUCUAGACUCCCUUGUUUGAGACUAAGACCAAUAUCCAACUUAAUGUCUAGUUUCUAGACUCCCUUGUUUGAGACUAAGACCAAUAUCCAACUUAAUGUCUAGUUUCUAGACUCCCUUGUUUGAGACUAAGACCAAUAUCCAACUUAAUGUCUAGUUUCUAGACUCCCUUGUUUGAGACUAAGACCAAUAUCCAACUUGAUGUUUAGUCUCAAGAUUACUCUUUGUGGUAAUAUUUAGAAAAAUACAUAAUUAGUAAGCAAUGUUAGGGAGUUUAAUCAUUGUUUGCUCUGUCACAUGCUUAUAAAGAUACUUAGAGAUUCCGACUAAUUAUUUAAAUGCAGGCCUAUAACAAAGAAAGUCUUUCCUUUUGUGCAGGACACCGGAAGGUGUGUACAAUCCAGUGACGUCUACGGAAACUGUGGAAACAGUGAAUACGUUGAGCACGAAGAGAAAGAGUUCAUACGAGAGAGCGGCUGUACUAGGGCGGGCGGAAGUCGACCUGGCGGAAACAAUGGCGGAAAUCGACCUGGCGGAAACACUGGCGGAAAUCGACCUGGCGGAAACACUGGCGGAAACACCGGUGGAAAUCGACCUGGUGGAAACAACGGUGGUAAUGACCGAUCGGGAGGAGGAUGCAGCCAGAACAGCAACCCUUUCACAAACAGGAACCAGGGUUCAGGGUGCGGAGGAGGCAGUGGUGGAGGUGGAGGCUCAUGUGGCAUGACCAGCAGGUGUGGGGGAUCCAACACAAUGAACGGUUGAGUACAAGUAAAAGUCUUGGUUUGGAGAGUAUUUUGUAUGCAUCUAGUCACAAUAAAGGAAGAAUGAUAGAGAUUAUUUACACC